GCUGUUUUUGUUUAUGCAUUAUGCAGGAUUUUUCUCCUUUUCUAAAAUAUUUAGAUGUGUGUUAUGCAACCAUUUAAACAAACUAGGACACUGCACCGUUUUAACAAAUAUAUAACUGCGUGACAUUGUCGUUUUGUUAAAGUACACUAAUACCUAGAAACUGAAUUGACCGUCUUCUGUAAUUCACGAUUUUCAUAGAGAACUGUGCUAAGGACAGAGGCUAUUUAACCAGUGCUUUGCGACUCAGGGCUAGGCUACAGGGAAGCACCACACCGUACGGAAGGGGCAGAGAGCAGGGUGCUCAGACGUUGCAGACAGUAUGCCUUGGGACGUGGGAGUAUUCGAUAGUCGGGCGGAUUACAAAUCUGAGAAACAAUGCCAAAAAACCUCGUUUGCUUUUUACCAAGCUGUCAGGGACUUGUUACCGGUCUGGGUGCUCGAAGACAUGCGGACAAUGGAAGUGUUUCACUGGGAGGAUGACGGCCGGGCGUGCGCCUACUCCCCCUCGGAGGCGCUGCUGUACGCGCUGGUGCAUGACCACCAACAAUACGCCAGGUACCUGCUGAACAGAUACUCGGUUAGCGCGUUGGAGAUGCCCAGCAGAAGUUUCUGCUGUUGCCAGCUGUCCACGACACCGCAUCUUGCCAUGGCCGUGCGCUACAAUCGCACCAGCAUUCUCAAAAUGAUCUUGAAAUGCGCAAAAGACUUCUCCGAAAAGGAACGGCUCAGCUACCUGAAUCGUCGGGGCUGCAUUCACGUGGAGGGCGGCAAGACCGCCUUGCACCUCGCGUGCGAUUUGGUGCGCCCAGAAUGUUUGAUACUGCUGCUUGGACAUCACGCGUGUCCCUACGUAACGGACAGAAUGGGAAACACCCCCUUGGACUCUCUGCUAUCCCAGAUAGGCCAGAGCGAUCUAGAUAUGCGCCUGAAACAUACUUGUCUCGGCUACCUCAUACUUUUCAUGCCCAGUUUCCGUUUCCAGAUGAAGAGAGAACUGCAGGACAACGCGGCGCUGUGGCAGAAACUGAUAGGGGAGCAGGCGUUCCAGUGGUUGUCAGGACUGUCGGCCCCCUCCCUCUUCGUGCAGGCAAUGCAGAAGCUGAUCCGGUCUGUGUCCGUGGAACAGCUGGACUCUCUCCCGCUGCCGGACUUCCUCAAACCUCUUGAUUUCAGGUUGCAGUAAGCGUUGGACAUUGCACUGAAAACAUGAACUAUGAAACAAACUGUGCUUACCUGUGUGGAACUGUGUAUUUGUUCGAAAGCCUUUCGAAGACUUGUAAGUCUGUGGAUUGUUCCCAGUGUAAAUAGUACACGAAAAAAAGAUUAAUUUAUUUUUUUGAAAAGAAAGCCAUGCACUUUACAAAAUAUGGUGUUUGAUAGUCUGUGAUGCCUAGCAAUAAAACUGUUAA